UUGGGGUUUAGGCCCAGUAGCCCAUCAAUUCGCUUUAAGAGCACGCCCAAGCCCGCCGGCGGCGCUAGGUUUUACUCCCUCUUCCUUUCAGCCCUGCUCGCGCCGCCGCCUCCCUCGCAGCAGCAGCAAGCAAUCACCGUCGCCAACAGCCAAGGAAAGCAUGGACACACAGGUCAAGCUCGCGGUCGUGGUCAAGGUGAUGGGCCGCACCGGCUCCAGGGGUCAGGUGACCCAGGUCAGAGUGAAGUUCCUGGAUGACCAGAACCGUCUCAUCAUGAGGAACGUCAAGGGGCCCAUCCGCGAGGGAGACAUCCUCACCCUUCUCGAGUCCGAGCGUGAGGCCAGGAGGCUGCGUUGAGCCGCCGUGGUUUCUGUCUUCGAAAGUAAAAUGCUGGGUUGUUGCUUCCUUUACUGUAGUACGUUUGAAUCUUGAAUGAACACUGGUUAUGUGUUUCGCCUAGGCUAUGGAUGUGUAAUGAGCACUUAACUGGUUGCAGUUUUGGUCUGUUGCCUAAACCUUGAUGUUGUGAGACUCGAUCAUGCUGUGUGACCUCCCGGUGAUAUGAUGGAUUGAAUGAGCGCUAUAUUUAAAAAAGAAUAUUUCGCUUUGUGCUAGUGAAA